UGGGUUCGAAGGAACCCAGCACCAACGCCUGGGUUCCUCGAACCCAGGCGCGGUUCGAGGCACCAGGCGUGCUGGGUUCGAGGAACCCAGGCCUGGGUUCCUUCGAACCCAGCAUGCUUGGGUUCGAUGGAACCCAGGCGCGGGUUCCUCGAACCCAGGCCCUGGGUUUGGCUCUGGCCGCCGAUGCUCCGGCUCCAACCCCGACAGCUGGUGCUGGCUCGUUGUCGUCGUCAUUUGUCUCGGCUGUCUUUGCCGUCGUCGUUGCUUUGCUUCUCGGCUCCUCGCUCCGGAUCUGAGCUGAGAUUGCUUGCUGGCGGUCGUAUGCCAUUUGCUGAUUGUGGAUUCAUCGGUAUCUUGUUGAGCGGUCUGUUUGUUUUCCAUUUUAUUACCAUAUUGAUAUAGUAGUAAAUCUAGAGGCUUCACGAACGUUCCUUGAACCCAGGCGCUGGGUUCCGAACCCAGUGCCUGGGUUUUUUUGUUCUGUUUCUUUGUUGGCUUGCAGUCAUGCUUGAAUGGGAUUUAGGGUUUUGUGUGGUUUCUGAUUGCUUGAAUUUCCAGAUUUAGUUACUGUUAAUGUUGAUUGAAGGAAUGUGAUGUUUUUUUCAUUUUUCUUUGUAGAUCUGGUAUACAUUUGUAGAGGAAUUGAUUUUUUGAAUCAGAUUUAUUGAGUCCUAUUAGGGAGGAGGUUUGGGGAAGAAGUAGAUGGUGAUUGGAGUGGUAAGGUUUGGGGAAGAAGUAGAUGGUGAUUGGAGUGGUAAUAAAUGAUUGGAGUAAUG